AUGCUCCCUGAAGGAGGAGGAGGAGCCGAGGCCCGGGACUGGCAUUUGGACAUGCAGCUGACCGGCAAGUUGGUGCUAUCUGCCGCUGCCCUGCUCCUGGUGACUGCAGCCUACAGGCUGUACAAGUCAAGGCCUGCCCGAGCCCCGCGGUGGGGCAGGAGCCCCAAGGCCAAGGCUGAGGAGGAGGCAGAAGGCUCCGGGCAGCCUGAAGUCCAGGAGGCUGUUCCUGGGGCACCCCAUAGGGGGCUGAGAUGCCGGAGAGGAAGCAAGGGGCCUGGCGUACCGUUGGGCUGCAGCGGGGAGAACCCGGGGGGCCCCCAGGUCCUGGCAACAGGAGCCUCUUCCAGCGACUUGGAAGCCAGAGAGACUUGGAAGCCAGAGAGGAAAGGAGCUGGUGAGCAUCAGGGUGGGCAGUGCCCGGGGUCUGGCCUGGCACCUCCUCUCUGCAGUGGCAGCAAGCCUGAGCUGCCCCCCUGCCCCCAUCUGGGCAGUGAACCCCAAAGCUCCCCAACUGUCCUUGCUGUGGUGGACGGCAGUGGUGUGGGGGUUGAGCCUGCUCCCAGGCGGGACGGCGGACUCCCCAAGCAGCCAGGGACUGGGGAGCAGGAGUCCCCCCACCAGCGCUGGAUGGCCCACUCAGAAGGCAAGAACGACGUGAGCAAGAACUGGGUGUUCACCCGCCUGAUGGGAGCCUGCAGGGAAGAGGCUGGGGCCCUCCAGGCUGCCUCAGACAUGGGCCUGGCCCUGCAUCAGCAGGAGGGGACCACUGACGCCUCCUACACCUUCUCAUCGGUGGCCCGGGUUCGAGUAAAGGAGAAUUUCGUACAGGAGAAGGGGAUCCGGCUGCAGGGCAAGGUGUAUGAGUACUAUGUGGAAUCCACCUCUCAGGCUACCUCUGGGGGCAGGCCGGCCCCCAGCACGGCAGCCCUGGCUGAGGCUCCACCUCCUGUGCCAGGCCCCGUGGGAACAGGGACCGUCCCCAGAGGGGACAGGGGAGGUGGAGCCAGUCCAGCCGCUUCCCCUCCGCCGGCGCUGUCGCCGCCCGUGCAGGGCUUUGGCAGGAAGGAGAGCCUCCUUCAGAUCGUGGAGAACCCCGAGCUUCAGCUGCAGCUCCAGGGCUUUGGGGGCCCUGCUCCACCCUGCGCAGACCAGGGGGCGCCGUCCAGCUGCCCCGGAUCCGCGGAGGCUCUGGAGGCCAGCUCGGCCGGAAGCAGCGGGGAGUCCAACCUGGAGCUCGUGGCCCGGACCAAUUUCUUCCACCUCCCUCUCUCCCCGGGUUCAGCCCCAGAUGUCCACCUGGAUCUGGGCAAUUGCUACGAGGUGCUGACCUUGGCCAAGAGGCAGAACCUGGAGCCCCUCAAGGAGGCCGCCUACCAGGUGAUGAGUGACAACUACCUCCAGGUCCUGCGCAGCCCGGACAUCUACGGACGCCUGAGCGGGGCAGAGCGGGAGCUGAUCCUCCAGCGGCGGCUGCGCGGCCGCAAGCACCUGGUGGUGGCCGACAUGUGCCCCCAGGAGGACUCUGGACGCCUCUGCUGCUAUGACGAUGAGCAGGAUGUCUGGCACCUGCUGGCCCAUCUGCCCCCAGAGGCUGUGUCCCGGGGCUGUACCAUCUGCAGUCUCUUCAACUAUGUCUUCGUGGUGUCCGGGUGCCAGGGGUCCGGGUGCCGGCCCUCCAACCGAGUCUUCUGCUACAACCCUCUGACCGAGAUCUGGAGCGAGGUGUGCCCCCUGAACCAAGCCCGGCCACACUGCCGACUGGUGGCCCUGGACGGGUACCUGUACGCCAUCGGGGGCGAGUGUCUGAACACAGUGGAGCGCUAUGACCCUCGCCUGGACCGCUGGACCUUCGCCCCGCCGCUGCCCAAGGACAGCUUCGCGCUGGCGCACACAGCCACGGCGUGUGCCGGGGACAUCUUCGUCACUGGAGGCUCGCUGCGCUACCUGCUGCUGCGCUUCUCGGCCCAGGAGCGGCGCUGGCAGGUGGCCCCCACGGCGGGCGGCAAGGACCGCACGGCAGAGAUGGUGGCAGUCGAUGGCUUUCUCUACCGCUUCGACCUCAACCGCAGCCUGGGCAUCAGCGUGCACCGCUGCAGCGCCAGCGCCCGUCUCUGGUACGAGUGCGCCACAAACCGGACGCCCUACCCGGACGCCUUCCAGUGCGCCGUGGUGGACAAGCUCGUGUACUGCGUGGGGCGCCGGCACACGCUGCUCUUCCUGGCUGACUACGUCUCGCCUAGGUUUGUGCCCAAGGAGCUGCAGAGCUUCCCCUCCCCGCAGGGCACCCUCCUGCCCACCGUCCUGACCUUGCCCAGCCCCCGUGUGCCUCAGACCACGGUCUAGCUGCCCCUCUGCUGGGCUCCUCCUGCAAAACUGGGGGCACAGGGCAGCUCCCACCCAUCGCUCCGUGGGCCAUUUCUGGGGGAUCAGGCAGCCAGGCAUUUGGCCAGCGGAAGGGGAAGCCUAGUCUUACUCGGGUUGCAGAGGGCAAGUGUGAAUCUAGAACUCUGGACUGGUGUUCCCAGCCGAGAACAGCUACAUGGCCAGGGAUGGCUUUAAGUCUGAACUUGGGGUGGGGGAGCUCCAGGACCCUAGCAAACUUCAGGGGCACAGCCUUGUCACAACCACGAUUCAGGUGCCAGUUGAUCCCCAGUGACCCCUUAGGAGAUGGGCCCCUUCCUAAAUAUGGCCCCUGGGCCCCAGUGCCCAAGGUUCCCAGAAGCACCUAGAAAAAUCAAGGGAGGUGGUUCGGGCAGGACAGGAAGGAGCCCAGGGCAGCCCCAGAGGGCCCAGCCAGAGGGGGGGAUGUUUGGAGAAGUUGAACAGCUAAAA